CCUUCUUCCGUGGUUCACCUGCAAGUCGCAAGCCUUUCGCCGCCUUCCAUGAGUGUUUAGAUCUUCCCCCCCUUCUCUCUCUCUCUCUCUCUCUCUCUCUCUCUACACAUAUAUAUAUAUUUAACAAGUGUGGUUCUUGACUUCUUUCUUCUUGGAGGUCAAAUACAGCUGGUUGGUGAAGAUCAAAGCUUUGGGAAAGCUAUGUAAUGCAUAUGGAUUGGAGUUUUUUUGGUGGGUUCGAGGAAUUUUUAUUGCACAGAAACAGAAAGCCCAUGAGGCUUGACAAAUGAGGUUGGAGUGACUCUGAUUUUCCCAAAAAGUUUAAUCUUUUGUGGUGAUCUUGGCAAGGCUUUAGUGGGAAGUGUGAGCUGGUGUUGGAGAGGUUCUUGGGUUGGAACUGAAGUUUGAUACGGUUUGAAGAGUUUUAGCCUUUUGGGUUCGUUCCAGAUUAUGGCGGUGGAACUUGGAGGAUACAAAUAACACCUAAGUGCUCUGAUCAGUGGUCUCUCUGUGUAGUAGCAGCGGUGGUGGUGGAGACCGGUGGUGGUUUCAGCUCUUUAUCAUGCCUUUGUCAGAGUUCUAUAGAAUGGCAAGGGGGAAGCUUGAAUCUGCCCAACAGAAAGCAAGCACUUGUUUAACCGAUUUCUCUUAUUUACCCGAUAACGAUUGUGUUGAACUAGUCUGGGAAAAUGGUCAGAUUAUGAUGCAAGGUCAGACCGGUGGAGCUAGAAGAAGCCCUAAUUCUUUCAAUUUUCAUUCUCAAACUGCAAGACCUCGAGAUAGAGAUCAGGGGAAUGCUACCAAUUCGAAGCUUGGGAAGUUUGGGGUAAUGGAUUCUGUUUUUAGUGAUUUUGCGGCAUCAGUGCCCUCGGGGGAGUUGGGUUUGGGCCACGAUGAUGAUAUGGUGCCUUGGUUGAACUAUCCCCUUGAUGAUUCUCUACAACAUGGCUACUGCUCUGAGUUGUUGCCCGAAUUAUCCAGUGUUACCGUAAAUGAACUGUCUGCCCAGAAUAGUUAUUCAUCGAUCGAUAAAAGAAGUAGUUGUAACCAGACAAUUAGAAGUUCAAAUGGUGUUACUGUACAUAAUGGUGCCAGUUUAGAGCAAGCACAUGCAUCCAAGGUUUCGUCUUCAGAAAUUGGUGAGUCCUCAAGAUCGAAGAAUGGCCAGUUCUGUCCAUGGUCAUUUCAGGGAAGUCAAGCUUCGAUUCCAUCUCUUAGAUCAGGAGUUUCAGGUAUUUUGGUCAAUAAUACAAGUAAUUCGAAAGAUGCUGCCUGUGGAGAUUCUGUUCAGCCUCAUCCUUCAGCGGGCGGUAGUCCUAGCAUAAAGGUUCAGAAACAAGAUUCAGGACAGUCUAAUGCUAACCCUAGUUUUAUGAAUUUCUCCCAUUUCUCCAGACCUGCAGCUCUUGUCCGAACUAACCUUAAAAAUGUCAGUACUGUGGGCACUUUGGGUACAUCAGCUGCUGAGGGGAUGGGAGUUAAAACUAAGGGGACUGCUCCAGGAAGUAGCAAUGUUGCAGACUCCGCACCAAUUACUUUGAGUAGUGGUUUCAGAAAAGAACUGGGUUCCAAUAACCAAUCCAAUUUGGUGCCGCCCAAGGUAGAUCCAACACCAAUGGCAGCUAAGCCACUCGAAGAGUCAGCUAUUGCUGAGCAACCUGAAGCUGUUUGUGGAGAAGAUGCUGUUAAGAAUGACAAGUUGCCUGAUCAAGGUCAUGGUGCUAGUACGUGCGAGGGAAUUCCAGAUGGUGAAAAUACUGUGGAGCCGGUUGUUGCAUCUUCGUCUGUAUGUUCUGGCAAUAAUGUAGAGGGAGCUUCCAACAAUCUGACACAUAAUUUGAAGAGAAAAUGUCAGGACACUGAUGACUCUGAAGACCGAAGUGAAGAUGUUGAAGAAGAAUCAGUAGGUGUAAGGAAAGCAGUUCCUGCUCGAGGAGGUACAGGCUCAAAAAGAAGCCGAGCAGCAGAAGUGCAUAAUUUAUCUGAAAGGAGACGAAGAGAUAGGAUUAAUGAGAAGAUGCGUGCUUUGCAAGAACUCAUACCCAACUGCAACAAGGUGGACAAAGCUUCAAUGCUUGAUGAAGCAAUUGAAUACUUGAAGACACUCCAACUUCAAGUACAGAUCAUGUCUAUGGGAGCCGGGUUGUAUGUGCCGCCAAUGAUGUUACCAACCGGUAUCCGGCAUGUACAUCCAGCUCAGAUGCCCCAUUUCUCACCCAUGGCUGUUGGCAUGGGACUAGGGAUGGGUUUCGGGAUGGGUAUGUUGGAGACAAAUGGUGGAUCUCCUGGAUGUCCUAUGAUUCAGGUGCCCCCUAUGCAAGGAGCACAUUUCCCUGCUCCACCACCCCCUCCCGUUACCGGGGUUGCUAGUUUCCAAGGGAUUCCUGCACCUAACCUUCAGGUUUUUGGUCACCUUGGUCGGGGACUUCCCAUGUCGGCAGCACAACCACACCUGGUGCCAUUAUCAGGAGGAACUCCCAUAAAUUUAGCCAUGGGACUGAAUGCCAACGGGAUGACUGCUCCUAGGGAAAUUCCAAAUGCAAUUCCCUCCUCAAACUCUAAGGACUUGAUGCACCCGAAAUCUACUCAGGUCAAGGCAAAAAAUGAGUGCCUCCAGCAAUCUAAUUUGGUAGGUAAAAAUGACCGUGCUUCGGAUGUUGGCCGCGGUGAUGACAGGUUGACCAAGGAAAAUGAGGCCACACCUAGUACACCAGCUUGUUGUGACUGACAUCCAGUGUUAAACUUGUCAUCAUAGAAAUGGAAUCAUUUUGCAGUGUAUUGCAUUUGACUUCUGUCUAGCUGUCUGGCAAGUAUAGUUCGGUUAGCAAGGAAAAGGUCGUGUAAGUGUCAGAAUGAGGUGGGAAUUUUGUGAUAACCAUCUAUUUUAGCUGUGGUGUUGAACUACAAGUUGCACAGUUUUUUGUAUGUUGAAGAGACUUCAAAACAUGCUAAUCUCUUCUCUGUACAUUCAUAUAUAUAUGGCAUGCAUUUUGGAGCAAUGGCAAGUAGUGAACUUCUAGUAAAUGUAUUUAAAACUGUGUUCUGAAUGUGUCCGACCAUUCUUUGAAUUAAUGAAAAAAUAGCUAUUACCAUA